CGUGUCGUAACCGUAUUAUCGCAGGCAGCCUGUUGCUUUUUCGUGUAGUUUUAACGGGUAAAAUUAGCAGUUGUUAAGCGCACAACAGCGUAAUAUGAGCGUGAGUAUAUAAUGAAGAGCUACGACGAAUGAAUGCAAAGAAGCGAGAAGUCAGUCCGACGAGACAGCAGAGGCAGAAAGCGCAUCUGUCCAUUACUACCCAAUGGAAAAAUAUGAGAAGCUGGUCAAAAUUGGUGAGGGUUCCUAUGGUGUGGUGUUCAAAUGCCGGAACAGAGAUACUGGCCAGAUAGUUGCCAUCAAAAAGUUUGUGGAAUCUGAAGAUGAUCCAGUUAUUAAGAAGAUCGCAUUAAGAGAAAUACGUAUGCUGAAGCAGCUGAAGCACAUCAAUCUUGUCAACCUGUUGGAGGUCUUCAGGAGAAAACGGCGGCUCCACUUGGUGUUUGAAUUCUGUGAGCAGACAGUCCUAAACGAGCUGGACAGACACCCAAAAGGUGUACCCGAGGCUCAGCUGAAAAGCAUCGUAUGGCAGACUCUGCAGGCUGUUAACUUCUGCCACAAACAUAAUUGCAUCCAUCGUGAUGUAAAGCCAGAGAACAUCCUCCUCACCAAAGCUGGAGUCAUCAAGCUCUGUGACUUUGGCUUCGCCCGUAUUCUGAGUAAGUCAUCCAGUCCAGAGGAUGAAUACACAGACUAUGUAGCAACCCGCUGGUACCGUGCUCCCGAGCUGCUGGUUGGCGAUACUCAGUACGGGCCCCCCGUUGACGUGUGGGCGCUGGGAUGUGUAUUUGCUGAGCUGCUUAAUGGGAAUCCACUCUGGCCUGGAAAGUCUGAUGUUGACCAGCUCUACCUCAUCAGAAAAACACUCGGUGACCUAAUCCCCCGUCACCAGCAUGUCUUCCGUUCCAAUGUCUUCUUCAGUGGAGUCAACAUUCCUGAACCUGACACAAUGGAGCCUUUGGAAAAACGUUUUCAGGCAAUGCCUCCUCAUGCUGUCCUAGUUAUGAAAUCAUGCCUGGUGAUGGACCCCGCUCUCAGACUGUCCUGUGAGGAGCUCCUAGAGCUCCCUUACUUCCAGGAGGAAGGAGGAACUAACUGGGGCCGUGAAAGUGAGCGCCCCGGGAGACGUCAUGAGAAAGGGUCUCGGCGCAGACAGGCAGUGCCUCAGUAUUUACCUCAGCUACCAAACAGCAACAUCUCACCUGCACCAGAUGCUAAGAAGCAAGUGAAGCAUAAAUACCAUCUGCCCAACAUUUAACUUUAUGAAGUCUGUAUGGUGGCAGCUGGUGGUCAUCUGUUAAGAGGGACUCAUGUUACACUUUAGCAAAUUAUUUAAAUACAGACUGACUUUAAGAUGCUUCUCAAUGUGUGUGUGAAUGUACAUGAGUACAUAUGUGUGAAAAUUUUGUUUAAUUGAUUGAUUCUUUAGUCAUCAUCACUUAAUUACAUUUAUCAUAUAAAAAAAAUUUCAAGUUCAUUUCAUGUCCUUCAUGUUACAGUUAAUAUAUGUUAAGGGCUUUGGGAGGGUCACUCCAAGACUUUCACUUUGUUGUCUCUAAGACUUCAUAGAGUGAGAAUUUGGCUGAA